CGGGCGCGCGCGUUCGAUCAGAGAUGGGCUGCGAAGAUUCCGGCGGAAGAACCUUGCGUGCUGCGCCCCCCGGGGAGUGCUGGCGACGGCGGCCUGGUGCUGGGGGUCUGUGGCGGGCGAUUCCGUGCUCGGUGCAGGCGGUAAGUCCACCGUUGUCCCACAGACAGUCUGUCCCACACCGCGCACUCUACAAAUACGUUCCGCUGCCACCCAUCCUCCCCCGUCUUCUCGCGCCGCGCCAAUUCAAGUCUGGCGAAUCCUCGCCCUCCCGCAGCUUCUCCUCUUCUCGCCUGCACGCUACCGUCUUCUUCGUGCAUCCCUCCCUCCAGCCAUGGCUGAUCUCUACCCCCAGACCUACUCCAACCGCCAGCCCUCCUACCACCGCCAGGACCAGCAGCAGUACCCCGUCCAGAGCACCCAGGGCAUCGUCUACCCCCAGCUCCUCAACACCUCCCAGCCCGCCCCCGUCUCCGAUGACCACCAGUCCCCUCCCCGCAGGAGCAGUCCGCGUCCCCCACGCUGGCACCCCGCCAGCUCGCCCUCCACGCGCCCUCACCACUGCGCCCUCAGCCUCCUAGAACGCCCCGAAAACCACCACAUGAUCCGCUGGGACCCAGCAGGCGAGCACAUCAUCGUCGAGCGGCCUGAGCAGCUCGCGUUGCACGUCCUCCCGAGCGUAUAUCGCCAGUCCCGCUUUGCCAGUUUCUCUCGGCAACUCAACAUCUACGGUUUCAUGCGCAAGGUCAACCUUCGCAACGUCGAUCCCGCCAUUGACGACCCCGACGCGAGCACUUGGUCACACCCGACCCUGAACCGUCACUCACCUGCGGAAGUGGUCGCCAACUUCAAGCGUCGCGUCCCCCCACGUCUCCCCAAGCCUCGCAAGCGUGACAAUGAGGUACCCGCCAUUCCGCCGUCUCGACCGCCACUCGAUACCGGCGGACGGCCUCGUGGGUUUUCGUCUCCAGGCUCCUUCACGCCUAUCGGUCAGGCGGGCGCACCGAGCUGGUCCUCUGGUUACGCGCGUGGAACGCUGCCUCCAUUGACGGUUCCCUCAGAUCCGCCAAUGUCGUCGCACGCCAUGUAUUCGCACUCGUCUCACAUCACGCACCCCAUAACGCCCACAGACGAUACCCCGUCCUCAGCGUCCUUCAGCCCGAUGACGUACCAGAGUGCGCCGCGCGACGCGAUGAUGCUGCCGUCACCGUCGUCGCAAUACCCAUACACAGAGCAGACGAGUAACAGCUGGGGCUUUUCGCCCACGAGCACGUCAAGUCAUUCGUCCGGCAGCUUGUCUAGCUUGCUGAACCCGAGUACGAACAUGAACGGCGGCUACUCAAACGCGUCGCGCCCAACCCCGCCGGCCAUUAACACGCACUCGUCCUACGGUAGUGUUCCCAUGAGCCGAGGCCACUACAGCGCCGGUGGCUUGUCGCCUGACAGCAGGCCGACGUCGGGGUACUCUGUGUCGUCGAUGUCAUCGAUGCCGGACGCGUACGCCGAACCCAACUCUAGCCAUCACCCGUCGUCCGCUCGGCCGUUGACGCCCUCGUCUUCGAGGCCGCCAUCUUCAAAAUCAUAUAACACGAGUUCGCUGAGUAUCCGGAGAGCGCGAAGGCACAGCCAGGCGAUGCAUCCCUAUCCGUCUCCAUACGGUGAGCACCCGCCGUUGUCGGCAGGAUCUGAGCGACCUUCGAGCUCGCCACAGCCUGAUGAACACCCGGGCAACAUCACGCGGGUGCGGAGCAUGAUACAGCUCAACUCGACGGAUACGUAUGGCUUUAAUCCGGCGCAGGCCGACUUCGCGUAUGGGGCAGUAGAUGACGGGCAUGUGUCGCACCACGGCCACGGGAUGUACGUGAACACGGGACGAAGCGUGAGGCCGUCGACAUCUGCGUCAAGCCUCUCGACAUCGAGCUCGGCGGCGAACACGCCGGGAGGCGACGGGUUUGGGCCUGGGGCGGGCGAGGCGGACAUUAACCGAUUCUCACCCGACUUCGGCUUCGUACAGAUGAACGAACACCUCCCGCACUACGCUAAGGGCGAGAUGUAGGUCUGCCCGCGCGCGUGCGCCACUCGGUUGUCGGCCCCGGUGUCAUGUCGAGCGUGUGUGGCGGGGCAGGGGGCGCCGUGACGUCUCGCUUGCAAGUGAUCGGCGGGGGAGUGGCUGGGGGCCACGGAAAAGGUCUGAUCGCGGUGCCGGGAGCAUCUGCCACUCUGUCCUCUGUCUCACAUCUCUCCAUCUCUCCAUCUUUGUUCGCUCGUUCAUUCAUCACGAUCAUUUGACAAGGACUCGUACCGGUGGCUGGUUUGUCGCUUGCCCAUAUCUCGGUCUUUCCAUCUCUCACUCUGCUUUGCAAAGCUGUUCGCUGUAUUCGUUAGUUGCUUUCGCCUCCUCCUUACUCGGUCCCUGUACAAUGCUCCACCGUCUUUUCUUCUGGUAAUUCGCGCUGCCAUGUAUAUAUCCCAGAUACCAAGAUGCGCAUUGAUAUCCUCCUUC